UAGCAAAAGCUGGGCUGUGCUUAGUUGAAAUGUAACAUGAAGAGCUAGAAUUCUCAAUCUGCUUGACCUAAUUAGAGCCCUCCUCCUGUUUGCUAUAAAAGACAAAUUGUGUAAGACUCAGUGCCAAUGCUUUGAAUGGAUCUCAUACACACAAUAGCUGGGCUUGCUCAUGGCUAGCUGUUACGAGGUAAAAAUUUAAGCUCAUACUGAGCUGCUUAAAUGGUACUACUGGGACCAGACCAAAAGCUUAACAGGAUUCAGAGCCACAUGUGAUGUCGAGCUUGGAUUUGUGUUUUGGUUUCAAAGGUCAGCAGAGCCAGCACUGCUCUCAGUCCAUGUGCAGGCACAGCAGACAAAGGGACAAGUGCACAGUUGAACUGCAAUGAUUUCCUAGGCUGGUAAUUCCCUCUGUGGUUUGGCAGUGCCUGAAGUGCUUCUUGGAAAUGGAGCAGGAAGAUGUUGACAUUCCCAGUAGGCGAGUUUUGAUCACUGGUGCUACGGGACUUCUUGGCAGAGCUGUGUUUAAAGAAUUCAAUGAAAAUAAUUGGAACACAGUUGGUUGUGGAUACAGGAGAGCUCAGCCCAGAUUUGAACAUAUUAAUCUUCUCGACUCUAUUGCAGUUCACGAUAUUAUCCAUGAUUUUCAGCCUCAUGUUAUAGUGCACUGUGCUGCUGAGAGAAGGCCAGAUGUGGUAGAAGGUCAACCAGAUGCUGCUUCUCAGCUCAAUGUAGCUGCUUCAGCAAACUUAGCAAAAGAGGCAGCUGGAGUUGGAGCAUUUCUGAUCUACAUUAGUACAGACUAUGUAUUUGAUGGAACAAGCCCUCCAUAUAAAGAGACUGAUGUACCAAAUCCCCUGAAUUUGUAUGGUAAAACCAAACUGGAGGGUGAAAAGGCAGUUUUGGAAAACAAUGAAGAAACUGCAGUACUUAGGAUUCCUGUCUUGUAUGGAGAGGUGGAAAGACUGGAGGAAAGUGCUGUGACAGUUAUGUUUGAUAAAGUGCAGUUCAGUAAUAAAUCUGCCAACAUGGACCACUGGCAACAGAGAUUUCCUACCAAUGUCAAGGAUGUAGCAGCUGUUUGCAGACAACUAGCAGAGAAGAGAAUGCUGGACCCAUCAAUAAAAGGAACCUUUCAUUGGUCUGGCAAUGAACAGAUGACUAAGUACGAGAUGGCAUGUGCAAUUGCAGAUGCUUUCAACCUUCCCAGCAGCCACUUGAGACCAAUUACGGAUAGUCCAGUUGUGGGUGCUCUUCGUCCAAAGAAUGCUCAGCUGGACUGCUCCAAGUUGGAGAUGCUGGGAAUAGGUCAGAGAACGCCAUUUCGAGCUGGGAUCAAAGAAUCACUUUGGCCUUUCCUUGUUGACAAGAGAUGGAGACAGACAGUCUUCCAUUAGUUUGUAACUUUUUUAGUAAAAUUAUGGUAUGUGGCACUUUUUUAAAAGAAAAAAUAGUUUUGUAUGAGUGUUCUUAAAUUGUGACAUUUAUGAGCUUUCAUUUAAUUGGGUAAACAAAUGGUCUUGCACUAGUGAAACUUAGCAUAAAAAAAGUUCAGUGACAAAACCUGAGCCUAUUUGAUGUCAUGUUUUUUUUGCUUCCACUUGUAUCAGUCUAAUUUAAUAUCUGUUCUUGGUGGAUUGAGGUUCUUAGUAACGAGUACUGUGUGCUGCUAAGAAUGACUCAGAUCACUUGCUGACUUACUUUUGGCUGAAAUACAUUGUUGAUGCUUAAGGUCUGUGCCAUUGUUGUAUAUAACAUUUCAUUAAAAGAUAUGGUCAGUUACUUUAUCACCAAAAAUAUGAGGUUUUUGUUUUUAAUUUUGGAAGGUGGUGUUCUUAGGGAGUUAAGCUGAAGUAGGAAUCCUUAAAUGUUUGUUUUGCUUGAGCUCUGAUCAAAAUGUUUUUUUAAAAAGUGAAACUUUAUUUUUGCAAUUAUCAAGUGUACUUUUUAUGCUUGAAAUAUUUUCAGAAUGUUCUGUAAAUUGAAUGCCUGCAGCUUUGUAUUUGAAUAGUAAGUUGUAUGCAUGUGUUUUCACAGUGACUUACAAACAUUUAGGGGAGGGUGGGAACGGUGGGCAGCCAGUAGUUUUGACCUGGGGUGUUUUUGAGUGGGGGAUUGGAGUUAAAGGGUUUUGGGGUUUUUUUGGUGGGUGGUUGUUUGUUUUUGUAUGAAAGCACAAAAUAUCUUUAUCCUUCCCUUCCCUAUUUGGGGACAGCAUUUUCAACUUGUUAAAUUAAUGGAAGAUGUUUGUUAGUCAGUAAAUGGAGAUGGAGAGGAAAGGUGUUCAAUAAUUUGUAGCACUGCAGCGGCUUUUGCACAGACUGUCAGACCUGGCACUGCUACAGCUUGUUCUGGGACAGCAAGGUGUAUGUAGUGAAGGUUUGCAGCAUAAUAAAACUGCAAUAGUCUCAUGUAAGACAGUCUAUAAAGCCGGACUCAAUAGCCAUGGAGGAAGAAUAUUGUAAAGCUUUGCUUCCUUUUGAAGUUGUAGAAUCAACAGUAUAGAUGUUCUGAUAUUACUAGCAGAUUAUUAGUAAAACUAGUAAAAAGUGCAGUUGGAUGGUCAUUUAUUUUUCUGAGGCUGAAAUGAAGGGGAAGGAAAAGAUGUUCAGAUUAAAUUUUUUUUUUAUGUGUGUGGGAGAGGCACACACAAAAUAAACCAAUUGAAGGUCUUGUAAAGGUCAGCUUCACAUUCAGUCAUUUCAUUUCAACUAGCAUAUGCUAAGCAUUCAUAAUCCCAGUUUGUUUUUAGUCAGAAAUCCUGAUAUACACAUGGUAACCUAUCUCCAAAAUGACAAUAAAUAUGUAUUGCCAGCAUGAGAAA